AUGGGGAGCGUUGCCCCUAAAAAGCCUUACACGGUGUUGAUAGCUGGAGCCGGAAUUGGUGGCCUCUCUGCAGCAAUUGCCCUCUCCCGUAAAGGCCUUGGAGUGACUAUUCUCGAAGGCAAAUCCGAAUUGAAUGAGUUUGGUGCUAGCAUCGGCAUCAGUCCUAAUGCAGUCAGAGUGAUCAAAUCAUAUGGACUCGAGGAACAGUUCAGGCCAAACGUCACGGAGAACAGAUACAUUGACAUCCGCGCCGGAGCCGACAACAGAGUUCUGGGUGCGGUCUUCACCAACGAGGGGAACACUAGCAAGAUCCUCUAUGGAGAACCUGCAUGGAUCAUCCACCGCACAGACUAUCAACAACUACUUGCCAAGGGCGCGCUGCGGUACGGGGCCAAGAUCUUGUUCAACGCACAAGUCACCAAGGUCGACGUAGACACCAACACGGUAUACCUAGCAGAUGGCCGUACACUCACCGCCGACCUGAUUGUCGGAGCUGACGGCGUCCGGUCAGUGGUGCGCGCAUCCAUCCCUGCCACAGCCUCCGCCGAGCUAAACCCCCUGAAUGAAAAAGCAUAUCGAUGCUCCGUCGAUAAAGCGGCCAUGGUGAAAAACCCGAAUUUAGCAUGGCUAUUGCAGAACCGAACCAGUCAGUUGUGGCUAAUGCCAAGCAAGUAUGUUCUGUCCUGGCCAAUGCCGCCUCACAAGCCAUACGAUGUCGUGGUCUGUGUUGGUAAUGGAUGCGAUGUUCCCCACGGAUACUGGGGCAUGAAGGCCGACCCCAAGCAAGUCGCUGACGAAUUUGGCGACGCCUGUCCGACAAUACGGGACUUGCUUGCCAACAUCGGGCCCUGUAUACAGUGGCGUUUCGCUGAGAUUCCGCCACUAAAGACCUGCCGCAGUGAUAAGGGUGGUGUGGUGCUGCUGGGUGACGCUUGGCACGCGAUGUUUCCCCAUGCCGGCGCCGGCGGCUCCACCGCCAUUGAGGACGGUGCAGUUCUGGGGGAAUGCGUCGGCUGGGCCUGGAAGAACGAUCGAUCGAUCUCCGAUGCGACAAAGGCAUAUGAAGCUAUUCAAAAACCGCGCGUGGAGCGUAUACAAGCCGCCAGUCGCGAAGGCGUGAGUUUCAUGAAUGGCCAGAACGCCGAGGUGCGCGAUGCAAUGUUGGUCAAGCAGCUGGAGAUUGGAAGGAGUCAGCUGGCUCGACCAGAGGAGGAGCGGAGGAAGGAUCCCAAGCCGCCAGCAGACAUGUCCUCCCCCUUCCUCAGCCCAUCGUUUUUCCAGUGGUUGUUCGGUCACGAUGCUGUCAAGGAGACUCAGGCGUACCUUUCGAGCCAAUAG